AGUAGAAAAAGAAAGAAAAGGAAAAGUCAUGAGUGCAGCAUAGGGGACUUGUGUCGUCUUGGUGAGAAUGUGCAGUGCAAUGAGCAAGAACAAUGCCCAAUACCCAUUCACACUUCUCAUAAUGACUUGACUGCUGUCUCUCGAAUCUCAUCAUUUUUCCAACCUUUUCCCUUUCUUGAUUCUUUCCUCUCCCAACAAAGUCUUGUUCUUUUUCUCUAUUUUCUUUCUGUUGUUCGUUGCAUUUCUUUUGGUGAUGUGAUGGAUAAUCAAGAACAAAGAAUAAUUCAUACUCAACAAGGACACGACGAUCAUGGAGUUCAUAUUGUAUGUCACAAAUGUGGAUGGUCUUUUCCCAACCCACACCCUAGUGCCAAACUUAGACGUGCUCACAAGAAAAUCUGUGGAACCAUUGAAGGCUACAAUAAACUGUUAGUUUCAGACGAUGAACACCUCUUUGAUGAUGAUUGUAAAACUCAAGUUCCAAACACCUUUGACAUUGCUGAAAAUGAGAAACAGUGUGGUAGAACUGAAGAAAGAUUAAUUAGAUCAGGUGAUGAGGUUUUUUUAGAUGCAAUUGCAAACUUCUCAGAUGGUGCACUAAGUCCAGGAGUUAAAGAAUCUUUGGAGUCACCUAUUGAUGUGGAAAUAGUCGAUGUAAAGUAUCCAGAAUUUUCAAGGUGUUCCAGGGACAAUGAUUUUCAAGGCUCAAGCGUAAGUAAGAAUGCAGGGAAUGUGAGAGAUUUCAGUUUGACAUCUGUGGCCAAGGAGAUUAAUUUGAAAGGAAAGGAUGAGAUUAAAUCAGAUAGUGACGUGAUUGAGAUUGUGGUCUCUGAUAACACUCUGGAUGGAACAUGUGAGGGAGUGCCUAAAUUUGCAGUUGGUGACAUGGUUAACUCGGAUUGCCAAGUUUCUGGUGGAACAAUUAAUCUAAAGGAAAAUAACAAUCCUGAGUUUCUUUCUGUGACACCCCAAGAUGACCCUUUUAUUGAAGUAAAUUCUACUGUUAGCCCAAAGGGUUCGGCAAAUGGGGUUCAGGUAGAGUCUGCAGAUACGAUUCAGUCUGCUACCUUUAGUGAUGUCAAGAUCAUCGUUGAAAGUGAUAAAAGAUUGGUUGAAACUGGAGCCUCUAUGCCUACUAUGAAAACUGAGAUGAACGGGAGAGAUAUGAUUUACUUCUGUGAAGAACAGAUAUGGGAUGACGACCAUAAAAAUUUCCCACUUAUAAGUUUACCAGAAGGUAGUUCCAUGGCUUCAUCAAAAGAGAAUCCUAGUGAUGUAUCCUUUGGUGGUUCAACGACUGAAACAACCAGUAUAAUCAGCCCGCACAAUAUAAGUCAUCAUGAGAGAAACUUUAAGGAAGUAAACGAUGUGGCUGUGUAUGGCAAGUGUAGAGGAGCUAAUGUUGAAAAUGAUAUUGGAAUUAGCAUAAGAACUAAUCAACUCAGCAACCUGUAUUUGGAAGACAAACCAUCAAGUGGUGUAUAUAACAGUGAUGAGGUGGUCGAAAUGGGUAAAACUGAAAAAUGUGAUAUACCUAAUCCUCGUUAUAUGAAACGGCAUGCUGUAAAAGAUAAUUCACACCUAUCAGUAGAUGAAGAACUACCAGUGAAGACUACAGAAGUCCUUGGGAAGAAUUGUUCAUCACUUUCUUCUUUAAAUACUGAGCCUCCUGUUCAAUGUAUCUCUGCCAUUGAAGAUGCACACGAUGUAGAUCCGGACAGGAAAGUGUUUGGAAGUACUUCUGUUCCCAUACAAGAUGAAAGUGGUAAUAGCAAGGGUACAAUAGCUUCAUCUACAAUUUAUACUUCAGUUAGCACUGGUGGCCGUUUUGACAGUUCAGAAGGAAACGGGGAAGCUGUUUCAGUUUCAGGUUUACCAUCAAUUGAUUUGCAGGCAUCAACAGAAGCAGGGAAGUUCAACUUGAAGGACCCGAAGGCUGAAUUGGAUAGACAACAAUGUGAAAAACUAGAUAUGUUUGAACCGCCAUCCUUCAUGACAUUGGUUGAACCUGGAUUUGAAAUCAAGAAGGCUGAAUCAGAUAGACUACAAUGUGAAAAACCAGAAGUGUCUGAACUGCCAUCUUUCUUGACAUUGGUUGAACCUGGAUUUGAAGUCAAGAAAGCUGUUGCAUUUGAAGUCGAGAAGAGACCAAACCAACACAUUUCGUCGCAGGCCGGUUGGUUUCCCAUGAUAACCAACAUAACAAAUGAGUCUCAAGGGAGAAAGAGGAAUGAAGAAGAAAUAGCUAAGAUUACAACAAAAUGGUGCCCUAGUAAGCAGCAAAAACCUCUAAGGGCUCUAUUGGAUGAAGCUGCCCUUAACAAGAAGCCAAAGUCUCCAACAUUAGAAGCAAGUUCAGUGCAUCAGAAAAAUAGUGAAGUACAAGAAGAUAAUGGUUCUGGAUUGACAAGUGGUAACUCCAUUUCAGGUCCAGCAUUACCUGCCACACAAGCUGUGAAAGGAAAGGAUGGAGAAGAAUCGAACUCCCAAGCAAGAUACUCUUCUACGAGCAACAACAGACAAAAUAAGAAAGUCAAGGGUAGACCAUACUGGAAACAAUUUGUAUGUUGCUCAUCUGCAAAUAAAUACUCAGGGGCAAAGGUAGAAGAUUGCUAGCUGUAUGGUGAUAACAUCUCGUUGUUGCCCACACUGACUUUGGUUUUUGACACAAUGUUUACGCUAUUAUCUGUUUUUAGUUAGUUUGCCAUAGAUUUUAGGUAUACAUUUUGAUCAUCUAGAUGUUUUAUCUCUGUCUUUUUCUAAUCCUAGUCUCCCAAGGUUCUGGUUGUAUAUGUUGAGAAUCUUCAGUUAUUAUUUUAGUCAGGUUUUUGGUCCCUAUCAUAGCCUGGUCUUCGUUCUUAAAAACUCUGUCCAAAUGGAACAAAUCUAUAUACUCUGGCUUAAGUUAUCCAAGGGAAAGUAGACUCCAUUUUGUUGCAUAUGAAGGAAAAGUUAUGUUGACUUA